AUGUCCUCCGUCAAAGGCAAACUCUUCGCAAUCACAGGCGCAGCAUCUGGGAUCGGUCUAGCAACAGCAAGACUGCUAGCUUCCAAAGGCGCUCUACUCACUCUCGCUGACACGGAUAUUGACGGGCUGGAGAAGCUGCAAGCGGAGCUGCUGGAUCACACUAAGGUUAACGUAGAUAAGCGCAAUGUUGACGUCCGCGACUGCUCCCAGAAAAGCAGGACUAACCCCCAGACCCUAGGCGCCGCAAACCUCGCCGGCAUCUCCGGCGUCCUCGGCGCAGUGCGCUCGUUUAACGCGCAUGACUACGACGACGUCUUCGCCAUCAACGUCAAAGGAACCUUCCAUAGCACGCAAGCCGAGCUCAAGCACAUGCGCAUCGCCGACCCCGCUAACGAUAUCGGCGGCGGUAGCAUCGUCAACGUGGCCAGCGUAGUCGGCGUAAAGGGCCUACCAGGUGUUGGCGUGUACUCAGCGAGUAAGUUCGCCGUGGUCGGGAUCACAAAGAGCGCGGCGGCGGACGAGAAGGAGUCGGGGAUACGGGCUAAUGCUAUUGCGCCGGGAUUCGUGGAUACGCCGCUCAUGACGAAAACGGAUGAGCGGAUGGGGGAGCCGCUACCGCAUGGUUGUCUGUUGGGACGACAGGCAAGGCCGGAGGAGAUUGCGAAGUUGAUCGUGUUUUUGCUGUCUGAUGACAGCUCGUAUGUGACUGGGUCGGUGUAUGGGAUCGACGGGGGUACUGUGUUCUAA